GCCCGCCUGGCCCGCGGCACCCGGGUGUCCCUGACCAUCCGCCGCGUGCCCCGCGUGCUGCGCACCGGCAUCCUGCUCGGUUCCUCUAGGGAGGAGGCGGAGCCUGCACCUGGGCCUCUCUGACUGCCCCAGGCCUGGGUUCCCGGCUAUGGCCCGGCCCGUAUCUCUGGGCCCUAGACUCCCCUCAGAGCCCCUCAACCACCCUCCUGGAGCCCCUAGGGCGCCAGCCAUUGAUGGAUGCAUCAUCUACCCUGCACCUGGAGAGGAGAGAAUCAGGCCCGGGCAGGCCCAGAAACUGGGCCAGGACUCCUUGGAUGCUUCCAAGCACUUCCAGGCUGGACUGAGGGGCUCUGAGCCGGCCGCUGCCCCCUGCAGAUCGCCAGAGCCCUCUUCACAUGAGGACCCGGUUGGGGGGAAAUGCCGUGAGCGCCCCAUCUCUGGCCAGGAGGUACUGGAGGCUGAGCAGGGCAGCCCGCACCUCUGCCUGUUGGGGCUGGGCCUCCGGCUGCAGGACCUGGAGCGAGGCCUGGUGCCCUGGGCAUCAGCCCAGAGCGGGAUGAUCCAGCUACAGGCCCUACAGGCAGACCUAAGCAGGGCAGCUGAGCGCGCGGAUGCUCUGCUGGCAUUUGGUGAGGGGCUGGCACAGCGGAGUGAGCCGCAGGCCCGAGCAUCCCUGGAGCAGGUCCUGAGGACCCUUGGAGCCCAUCGAAACAGCAUCUUUCAGCGCCUGUGGUGGCUACAGGGCCAGCUGGUCAGCUACAGCCUGGUGCUUGAAGAGGUCAACAUGCUGGACCAGGACUUGGAGGCCGAGGGGAACUUGGAUGGGCCAGGACCUGGUGGGGUCUGGGGACCCUGGGCACCUGGUGGCCUCCCCACCCCUGCAGAGCUGGAGUGGGACCCGGCAGGGGAUGUGGGGGGCCUUGGGCCUUUGGGCAGAAAGUCAGCCUGGACACCAGGGGCUCCCUGUGAGCUGUGCGGCCACAGGGGCUUCCAGGGCAGGGGACAGAGCCUUGAGGACAUGCUUGUGUCAGGCCUCAGCCACCGAAAACACUUCACAGGUCACCAAAGACAGUCCCUGCUCAGGAAGCCUCCGGACAAGAAGAGACAAGCAUUUCCUAAGGCCCAAGGUGUGACAUUAGAAGUGGAUCCUGGAGCCCCCUCUCCUGCAUCCAGGCGACCCCUGAUUUUCCUCCUCCUUCUUCUCUUCCUUCUCUUGGUGGGUGCCAUGUUGCUCCUACCCAUGUCAGGGGGCCCCUGCUGCUCUCACGCCCGACUGGCCAGGACCCCCUACCUGGUGCUCAGCUAUGUCAAUGGUCCCCCCCCCAACCUGAGUCCACAACCGAGACAUGUAAUAAAUGGUGAUAGUCAAAGGAUGUAUGAAGAUAUUGGAUGCUUAAGAGCCCAGAAUCUAGGAUGGGGCCCUGAUGUGUCUGGGCAGGCCUCCUGCCUGUCUCCACAGACCCUUUUGCCUUGAGCAAAGAACACAGAACCUGUGAAUCAAUCCAUCUUGGUUUGGUUCCCCCAGACCCUGAGACAGAGAUUCAGGCACAAGUCAUUUCUUUGGAAGGUGAUCCUAGGGAGAUUGGUAGGGGGUGGGAAGAGGGACAGGGGAGGGAGGAAGCC